UUAAAGGCAAAUCACAUGAUACACAUACAGUACCUGCUCACUGCCAAAACCAACACAAAGAGAUCAGCCGUUACAGAGAUGUUGGGAGGAAAAGCUUGGAUCCCAGGUUGCACCCUGCUUGUGCUGGUCACUUUAUGGGGUGAAACGGCUCACUGCCAAAACCAACACAAAGGUUCGACACAUCUGAAAGACCUGAGACUCAUUCUGGUUGGAAAAACCGGAGCAGGAAAGAGUGCUUCUGGAAACACCAUCCUGGGGAGGGAAAAUGCCUUCAGAGAGGAAAUAUCCCCUGAGUCUGUGACUAAAGGCUGUCAAAGAGAAGAGGUCAACGAUGGUGACAGGAACAUCGCUGUCAUCGACAGCCCAGGACUGUUUGACACAAACAAAACACAAGAAGAAGUGAAGUUAAAAAUUGAGGAGUGUAUUAACCAGUCAGUUCCUGGACCCCAUGCUUUUCUGUUAGUGAUCAGUCUCAAGUCAAGAUUCACUGAUGAGGAGAGGGCAGCUGUGACGUGGAUCCAGGAUAAUUAUGGCUCAGAUUCUUCCAUGUAUACCAUAGUCCUGUUUACACAUGCUGACUCGCUAGAGGGUAAAUCUGUGGACGACUACGUGGCAGAGAGCAAACAUCUACAAAGACUGAUAAACCUGUGCGGAGGAAGAUACCAUUCACUCAUCAAUGACAAGAGACGAAGCAGAAUCCAGGUCAGAGAGCUCCUGGAGAAGAUAGAGAAAAUGGUGAAGUCCAACGGAGGAAGUCACUACACCAAUGAGAUGUACCAGAGAGCCCAGGAGAAACUUGAGGAGGAGAGGAAAAAGAGGGAGGAGGAGGAAGAGCGAAGAAAGAGGGAAGAGGAAGAGAGGAUCAGAGAGGAGGAGAAAAAACGUGCUUGGUGUAAAGUGAUGGCUGCUGCUUCCAUGGGUAUUGUUGCAACAGGAAUGUUAUUUGCCUCAAAUCCUCUCAUGAUAGGAGGUGCAGCACUUGCACUCACUCAAGGUUAUGAUUGCACGAUAGAUACGUUUACUCCUUAGAGUCCUGAAUCUUAAAUUGGAAUAUCAGUUUGCAUGCUUUGUUUGUUGUUGGGAAUUGGGAACUUGCUACAUGCAUCUGUUUUUUCUAUAUGUGAUU